ACUGUUUGUGUACACUGACCACUGUGAGCGACAGGCUACACUACACUAACAUUCAUUUCAGCAGUUUAAUGUCAAGAUGGGGGCUUGUCUGGCAUUGUGCUCUUUAGCCAGCUGUGCCUCCUGUCUGUGUGGCUCAGCACCAUGCCUCCUGUGUGGCUGCUGUCCCUCCUCCAAUAACUCCACCAUCACACGGCUGGUGUUCUCCUUCUUCCUGCUGCUGGGUACCUUGGUGUCUGUCAUCAUGAUCCUUCCUGGAAUGGAGACACAGCUCCGUAAAAUCCCAGGAUUUUGCCAGGGAGGAAGUGCUGUACCUGGUUUUGAAAACCAGGUUAACUGUGAUGUCAUUGUGGGCUACAAGUCUGUGUACCGCAUGUGCUUCGCCAUGACCUGCUUCUUCUUUCUGUUCUCCGCCAUCAUGAUUCGUGUCCGUAGCAGCAAAGACCCACGUGCAGCCAUUCAAAAUGGGUUCUGGUUCUUUAAAUUUCUCAUCUUGAUUGGGAUUACAGUGGGAGCUUUUUUCAUCCCCGACGGAACAUUUCAUACUGUGUGGUUUUACUUCGGAGUAGUGGGAUCCUUCGUCUUCAUUCUAAUCCAACUUAUUCUUCUCAUCGAUUUCGCCCACUCCUGGAACAAGGUGUGGGUUGCGAAUGCUGAAGAUGGUGGCAACAAAGGCUGGUUUGCAGGCCUGCUGUCAUUCACCGUCCUCUACUAUGCACUGGCUUUCACUGCUGUGGUGCUUUUCUACGUUUACUACACACAGCCUGAUGACUGCACAGAGCACAAGGUCUUCAUCAGCCUCAACCUCAUCUUCUGUGUCAUCAUUUCCAUCGUCUCCAUUCUGCCCAAGAUACAGGAAGCCCAGCCACACUCCGGUUUGCUCCAGGCGUCGCUCAUCUCCCUCUACACCAUGUAUGUCACUUGGUCUGCAAUGACCAACAAUCCAAAUCGAAAUUGCAACCCCAGCCUGUUGAGUUUCGUGUCAAACAUCAGCACCACUGAGCCCUCUGGUGACGGCACCCCCGGACAGGUGCAGUGGUGGGACGCUCAGGGCAUUGUUGGCUUGAUCAUCUUCCUCUUCUGCACUCUCUAUGCCAGUAUCCGUUCGUCCAGUAACACCCAGGUAAACAAGUUGAUGCAGACGGAGGAGGGUGGAGGGUCCGGUGGACAGGGCGUGGUGGGAGAGGACGGCAUCCUCAGAGCCGUGGACAACGAGGAAGAGAGAGUCUCUUACAGCUACUCCGUUUUCCACUUCCACCUCUGUUUGGCCUCUCUGUACAUCAUGAUGACUCUCACCAACUGGUACCAACCAGACACCACCUCCCAGGCCAUGCAGAGCCAUAUGCCAGCCGUGUGGGUGAAGAUGAGCUCCAGCUGGCUGGGCCUCGGCCUCUAUCUCUGGACCCUCAUCGCCCCUCUCAUCUUCCGUGAUCGGGAUUUCACCUGAGUAUGCCUAUGCCUUGUCUUUUUAGCUGUAUUAGUGGUUGUUUUGUUUCUCGCCCAUGUAUCCGGCUGUGUGAAGGAUGCUAUGAAUGAAAUGUGAAGGAUGUUAAGAAGGAAAUGCAUUUCUUUUUUUUUUUUUUUCAAUGAAUUGCCUCUGAUGUUAUAGUGCUUGUGUUGUUUUACUUCUCUCAAUUCUAUUUAGUUUGACGAUCACUACAGAUUAUUUGAAAGUGGAAAUGGAUAUUUUUUAUUCAGCCUGAUUGGUGGUGGUUUUGGCUCCAAGAAGUUAUUUUUUCUGCCAAUGCCUCCCCUUCAUAGGCCACUCCCAACCUUCCGCCUGAUGUAGUCUGAACUAUCACAGAGACUCAAAAACAAGGCACUUUCUCGAUAGCUCAGCUAUUUCAGUAGCAGGUUCCCUUUUAAGGGCCUGUGAGGUCUGACUCCUCUGAUUGGCCAGGUCUGGAAUCCCUGAUUAGCUGGACUCUUUUAGUGCUGGAGGCAACGAGGAGAACCCUCCGUAGGAGCCCCAGAGUGAGUGUGAGAAUUAGAUAGGACGAAUAUGACACGCCCUACAGAUCAUAACAGGGCUUCCCUUUAGCUGCUGGGCUGUGUGCAAAUCCACGUCAUUAUACCUCAAGCCAGAGAUUCUUAAUAGACCACCAGUCGAAAUCUCAGCUCUUCCUCGUCCACUCCAACAUAGGAUAAUUUAACUCUGGUGCUACGCCUUUCUAUGUCUAACAACCUGUACCUGCAUAGCGGUCUGUUUGAAGCAGGGAGACGUGUAUUGAUCCAUAGCUGUCGGCAUCAUGCGAUGUGCAGCGAUACGGUUCAGGAGCUGAUGGCUUGAACUCCACAGACCUGUGCUCUCGCAAAUGCCAUUAUUUCCAGAAUGUUGCAGCAGAGCGUGCUAUUGAGUAGAGUUGAAGAAGGGAAUUCUUAAUUGUUACAAAACAAUGAUAUAUUUCAGAAAUGAUGAAUUGCUGUUAAAUGGUAAUGACUCUCAUCGUGUGUUUAUGGUUGUGAUGGUGCUAUCAUUUCAUGCAUUUUCUAGUAGUUACCUUACUUUCAAUGACUUUAAAUAAGACCAACAUGUUUUGUACCUUCAAAUGCUUUUGGUACAAUCCUGAGAAUGUUAUUGUUUGUUGUGUUCUUUUCAAAAAUGUCAAUGCCCACACAUAUGAAUUUAGAUUUCCUGUUUCUCUGGCUGCAUAAUGAGUAUUAUAAAUAGUGUGUUGCAAUGAAUUCAAAUCUUUUUAUUUUUUUUAGAUCAGAAAAUUUUAGAGCAUAAAAACUCCCACACAUUGUCUUCCUCACUUGCAUUCCGAGAUAUUUCGAAAGCUUUCGGUACACAGACCUUCAUCGGGUUACUUUACAAAGCAAUGACAGAGCAUGUCUUAAACCAAUCAGGUCACACUACUAAAAUGACAUCACUCAAUCAAUCAAGAAUCAUGAUUACCAAAACGUUGUCACUGACUAUUUCUGAAUGCAAGUGAAGAAGACAGUGUGCAGCAGUUUUUAUUUGUUCUGUUUUUUGAAGGUAUUCUCCUACGCACCUGUCGACCUACUGGUGUGCAAAAGUUUGCUCUAUUUAGAUCGAAGUGUUAAAAUGUCAAAACGAUGUGCCUUAUUGUAGUCCUGCGUUUCAAGAAGAAUUAAACACUAAUGCUGACGUGUGCUCAUUAUGCCUUGCCUUACAUUGUGGUCAGUCAGUCAUUGCAUGCCAGUAAGGCAUAGGCUUAUGACAUGAAUUAAUAUUAAUGUAUAAACACUGUUUUUAAUAAAGAUGGAAAUAUAUCACUCA